AUGUCUGCUAUCAAAACAGAUUGGGAGAUAGAGGAGAAAUGUGCAGCAUAUCUGGCUACGCUUAACAAAAAGUUUGAUGACAUGCAGAGCAAUUUAGACCAGAAAGCAGACAAAACAUCAAUGGAAAAAUUAUCUGCUGAUGUGAUGGCUACACAGAAGGUAGUUGAAGGUGUAAAUGCAGACAUAGUCAAACUAUCUGAUAGGAUCGAGUUGAUGCAUAAAGAACCUGAAGAGAUUGAAAAAAGAAAGAAAAAUAUCCUAAUCAAGGGAUUACCUGAAUGCAGGAAAUCUAUCGCAGACGAUGCACGGCACCAAGAUAAGGAUAUAGAGCUAGAUGAUACAGUGGACAUGUCAAAUGAAGAAAUUUGUGACCAGCUCUUCAACAGUAUGGAUAUCAAUGUAACUCCAAAGUCUGUUCAUAGAUUAGGUAAAAAGAAGCUAGAUGGAAAGCCACGCCCAAUUAAGGUUGUACUUGAGAAUGAAGAGGAUAAGAAGCUUCUGUUGAGAGGUGGUCCUAAAGUAAGAAGAGUUAAUCCUGAAGGGGUUAGCUUUAACCCUUCCAAGGUCUUCAUAAGUCCAGAUAUGACUAUUCUACAGCGAGAAGAGGACUUCAAGUUGCGUGAGGAGCUACGUAGGAAAAGGAUAAGUGACCCAAACUGGAUAAUAAGGGGAAAAAAGCUCUUCUUAAAGACUCAGGUACCACCUCGAGAUCUUCCACCAGACAGAGUAGGAAGUUCAGGGGAAAGGAAACGCAAGAUUUAUUUGUACUCCAAGGGAGACUACUCGGCAUUAUCCAACGAAGUUAAAUCUGUUGACUGGGUGAAGGAAUUUGCAUCUAGGAGUAUGAACGAAAGAUGGGAGUUACUCAAAUCCAAGUAUAGUGAAUGGAUUGACAAAUACAUUCCGAUUAAAACUGUGAAGUCGGGUCAACGCCACAAACCUCCUUGGAUUAACUUCAGAUCAGUCAGAAGAGCAAAGAAAUCAAGGAGGGGAGCAGCUGUUCAAGCAAGGAAGACUGGACUUAACGCCCAUAAGGAGCAGUAUCUUCAAAAGAAACUUCAUACUGAGGAAGUAAUACGCCAAGCCAAAGUAGACUAUGAAUCGUCUCUUAUCAACCAGAUUAAAACUGAACCAAAGAAGUUUUAUAACUAUGCGAGGCACUUCUCUAGAUCUUCUGCUACAAUUGAGGUUCUUGAACACGAUGGAGCAAAGAUAACAGAUGACCAGAACAAAGCAGAGAUUCUGAACGAGUUUUUUGCAAGUGUACUGAAACCUGAACCUCUUGAACUCAAUCUCAAUCUACCUCUUCCCGAGAUAUCACACGACAACAUUGUAUAUGACAUUGAGAUUUCCCCUUCCAGAGUUAGAGAAAAGCUUUCCAAGCUUCACAUCAACAAGGCCUGUGGUCCUGAUGGGAUACAUGUAAACGUGCUAAGGAAUGUUCCUGAUUUGGAUGUACCUCUUGGUAUUUUAUUUGAUCAAUCUAUCCAAACCGGACAGAUACCCCAAGAAUGGAAGGACGCAAAUAUCACUCCACUCUUCAAGAAGGGAUCCAGGUUGUCUCCAAACAACUAUAGACCAGUCUCCCUUACCAGUCAAGUGGUAAAGCUUCUUGAGAGAAUUAUCUACGACAAACUGAUGGAACAUGCAGUAGACAAUGAUAUGAUUUCAUGUCACCAGCACGGCUUCCAGAAGAAGUGUUCAUGUGUGACACAACUCUUAGAAUGUCUUUAUGACUGGACGAAAGCAUACGAUGAAGCUAAAGGAAUGGAUGUCAUAUACCUUGAUUUUCGAAAGGCAUUCGAUACCGUCCCCCAUCGCCGACUGUUAUACAAGCUCAAGCACAAUGGUAUCCGUGGACAUAUUCUCAAUUGGAUUGAGGGGUUCCUAACUGGACGCAGACAAAGAGUAGUGCUAAGGAACGGCACCUCAAGAUGGAGGUCGGUGACAAGCGGCGUGCCACAAGGGUCUAUUCUCGGGCCGCUCCUCUUUCUAAUCUUCGUAAAUGACAUUCCCGACAUGGUUCUCACUACUGCUAAGAUGUUUGCUGAUGAUACCAAGAUUUACCGCCAAAUAACAUCGAAAGAUGAUUGUGACAUACUACAGAGAGACUUAAAUGCACUCGCUGCAUGGUCUAAACUAUGGCUACUUGAAUUCAAUGCUGAAAAAUGUGUUGUCCUGCGCAUCCGAGCAGCUAUUAACUACAAUUAUUCUAUCAAUGGUGUUCAUCUGCAGGAAGUGACAAACCAAAAGGACUUGGGAGUUAUAAUUAGCAAUACCCUCACCCCUAACGAACAUGUUGAUGAACUAGUUAAAAAGGCUCGCUGUAAGAUUGCAAUGUUCCGACGCUGUUUCACUGCACUGGAUGAAAGGAAAAUCACCAUUUUGUACCAAUCCAUAAUUCGUCCAGCGCUGGAAUAUGCAUCAUCUGCUUGGAGCCCACUUACAAAGAAGAAUAUUGAGAAGUUAGAGAAGGUGCAGACCAAAUGCCUACGUCUUGGUAACAAGGAAAUUCCUAUUGAGACAUUGAAGGAGAGAAGAGCAAGAACAGACCUUAUCAAUUUGUACAAAUACCUUAAUGGCUAUUACACAACUCCAGCACAAAGAUUCUUCUCCCACCCAAAUAAGGAAUUAAGAGGGCAUUCUAGAAAAGUGUUCCAAAGACGUUCCAGAACUCAACUGACUGGCCACUUUUACACUAACAGAGUGGUCCAACCUUGGAACAACCUACCAGAAAAAGUAGUGUCUGCACCUACAGUGGCGACUUUUAAAAGUCAACUGAGAGCCCUUCCCUUAGGAAAAGAGGGCUAA